UGUUUUUAGAAAUUUUGUUUUUCAAUUGGUACAAAACAUCACCUGAUUAUUUGAUUCAGUGUAUCAAGGAUGAAAGUAUAAAAUCAAAGGAAACUAGGAUGAUACAACAAGACUCGGAUUAACUGCCCAAAUAGUGAACACGACAAAUAUUUGAUUUGAUUGCACCCUUUGUUUUUCUGUGUGGAUAUUUCCAAUCAGGCGAACAUGUCGAUGCUAAUAUAUACUACCUUGAUAUAUGUGUUGGUUUUAACCGUUAUGAAAACAACAGAAUCAAGCAAGUUACUUCAAUCUGGAAAGGAAAAAUGUGUCGAACAUUCUGAUUGUCCUGUCGGAAGUGCAUGCAUGUCAUCAGAUUUUGGAAAAGCAAAAGGAGGUGCUUUAAAGAAAUGUAUUCCUUGCUCAUGUGCUGAACCAAGUCAAUGUUAUUUUGAUGACAGGAUGACACAAUGUAACUGUUCAGGAUCCGGCUUUACUGGCAGCAACUGUACAAUAAAUAUCGAUGAAUGUGUUUUUAUGGCAUGUUUGAACGGGGGCACAUGCAAUGACGGGGUCAACAUCUACACUUGCACCUGUGAGCCCGGAUAUAGCGGACAGAAUUGUGAAAUAAAUAUCGAUGACUGUGUUGAUAUGCCAUGUUUGAACGGGGGCACAUGCAAUGACGGGGUCAACAGCUACAGUUGCACCUGUGAGCCCGGAUAUACCGGACAGAAUUGUAAAAUAGAUAUCGAUGACUGUGUUGGUAUGCCAUGUUUGAACGGGGGUACAUGCAGAGAUCGGGUCAACAGCUACGUUUGCGCCUGUCAGCCCGGGUUUACUGGACAGAACUGCGAAAUUAUUGAUGAUUGUGUAUCUAUGCCUUGUGCGAAUAACGGGUCAUGUAUCGAUGGGGUAGACGAGGUCACCUGUAUUUGUACAGGACAAUUUACAGGACAAUAUUGCGAAACUUGCGUGCCUUAUAAUCCUCUCGUUAAUAAGGCUCUUAACAAACCGUCAGAUCAGAUCAACUUUUAUCUUGCAAAAUGGUACGCUGAAAAAGCAAAUGAUGGUAACAAUGAUGGUGAUCUAUACCAUAACCAUUGUCAAUAUUCCAAAUAUGAACUAAAUCCCUGGUGGGAAGUCGAUCUUCUGGACGUAUAUUGCAUUAGUAAAGUUGACGUACAAAACAGAAUGGAUUGUUGUUCGGACAGAGCGCAAAAUGUCGAGAUCUCUGUAGCAGUAACUUACGGUUCAUGGACAGUGGUAACAUAUCAACCUGGUGCAAUGGGUCCAUUUAGAUCCUUUACGUUCGGACCUGUAGAAGCUCAAUAUGUUAGAGUUACACUCAGAGACAUUGAAACAUGGUUGCACCUUUGUGAAGUGGAAGUCUAUUGAUUUACAGAAAGGCAUAGUCAGAACGGAAGCAAACAAUUUAUAUAACGGAGUUUUUACUUAAGUAAUGCAUAAUUUUAAGACAACGAUUGUAUCACAAAAUAGUCUUCAGUAUGAAGAUGCUGGAGUAAUGCAACUUGAUAAUAAUAUUGUUUAUAUGUUUGUUUGUCUAUUUUUCUUCGAGUUUAACAACUUUAAUUUGUCAUGUUUCGAUGAUCCGUCCACAUAUCCAACUUUCAUAGAUAACGUACUGGUCAUGAUCAAUAUCCGUGCAAGAUACCGACUUGUCCCCUCAUAAUUGAUGAUUAAAAUAUUAUACUUAAA